CUUCCCUUAGUUUCCCACGCUUCCUUCCAUGGCCAAAUCCAAACCUCAACUUCUCUGCUGCUUCGGAUUUUCCGGUAAGCUUCGCCGCUCCAAGCCCCUCAAACCCGCCGCCGCCCACACAAAACGUCCGUUUUCUUGGAUGCGGUUUCACGCCAAGCCGCCGGUUCGCUCUGCUCUCCUGGCCGACCGGUCCAAUCCGGACUCCGACCGGCUCGCACCGGGAUCUCUAGCUUCGACCACCGUUUACAAGCCGCCGAGUGAAGAUCUGGCCGCCGUGGAACCGCCGGCGAUGAAUCAAGCAGGCGAGGGGAGGCCGGAAAAGGUAGGAAAUGAGGACGUCGUAGAAGAAAUCAUCCUUGAAACUCGUGGACAUUCAGACACGCCAAAGAAACCUGUCGGUGAAAGUCAAACAAGGUUCUCACUAACCCGGAGACUCGAGUCAUUUCGAUCCGGUCGGUUCACUAAACCCGUAUCACCGACCGCAAGGAAGGAUCCAAUAACUACAAAUCCGGUCCCCGCCAUAUCGAAAUCUCUAUCAUUCCCUGCAUUGAACCCAACCCGUAGAGUUCAAGUUGAAAGUCCCCCAACAAGCAUGCGGGUCGGGUUGGACGGCGAUGAGAUGAGCAAAAAGUAUCGAUCAGCGGCCGCCAUUUCGAUUUUUAUAGUCACAUUAUCAAUUAUGAUACUGUGGGGAAGAAUGUGCGCCAUUUUAUCUACGGCAGCGUGGAUUCUCAUUGUUGCAAGCUUAGAGUCGAUUGUAGAAGAAGAUGAUGAGAAUGAUUUUAUUGGAUCAGACUCGUAUUCUGAAGGGCUUAAGAAAAAAUUAGUGAUUCUAAAAGGGUUUCUCUAUAGAAGUCAGCGAGAGAAUAUGCUAAAAAAAGCAUAGAAAUAGAU